AUGUAUCGGAAGUUGUCUAAGUUAGAACACUCGGAAAUAAAACAACUUCUUACAGAAGCUAAUAUAGAUGUUGCAAAGCAUUACGCAACAAACAAAAAAGCACUCGCUGACAUCCUCAAUGACUAUAAUGGUGCAAUAAGUUAUGAUAGAAUUCAUGAGUUCAUAAAGCCGCAACGCGGCGAGGACGAAGUCCAUGCAAGAGCAUUUCCUUUAAAUGACGUUGCUAUUGACUUAUAUCAUAGACGUUCAGUACCUCAUGAAGUAAGAAGAGAAAUGUUUGACAUAACAAAUGCAAACGUUGGUGAAACAAGAAGAAGAGACGACACACUGAAACAACAGAGAAGAGAGAUGUUUAAGAGCGCUAUAGAACAAGUUCGCAAAGCUAACGAUGUCAUUCGUUCCAUUGACGACAAACCAAAAGAAGGUGAGAGAUGGUUAAAGAAAGAUGAAGAGAAUAGGAAGAGAAAUGUGAAGUCAGGCAAUAGACUCAUUGACUUUAACAUCGAAGCUUUAGAUGAACCAAACAGAGACUACUUACACAAACAUUUCGGUAAGGUUUUCAUGAGACUCUUAGAGAAAAUUAAAAUAAACUCACAACAGAGAUGGAUGGUAUGUUAUAAACUUGGUGGAAAGUAUGAAUGUUCUACGUUAAACCUCAAUAAUAUUGGAACAUUACUACAUCAGCUCUUGAAGGAGAACUUUAUAUCAGAGAUAGAAGCAAAUGCUGCAG